AUGGAUUCUACCCCGUCAUUAAGUCAGCGCACGCUUGAGCCGAAGAAUGAAUUGCCCUCAGUAAAGUCAGAUGGCCCCUCAAAACGUCUGACUGUCACUUUCCGCAACAUCGAUGUGCAAGUAAAUGGGCUGGGCGAGGACUUUGCCCCAACUUGUUUGUCGGUGCUUGAGUACCUGAAUCCCUUUGGUGGGAGGAAAGCUUCGAAGCGGCAUAUUGUUCAAGAUGUUUCUGGUCAAGUUCGACCAGGAGAAAUGCUACUCGUAUUGGGACGACCCGGAUCUGGCUGCACGUCCCUUCUGAAGAUUCUGUCAAACCAGCGGGAAGAAUUUGAGGCUGUGGAGGGCGAUGUCCACUUCGGAAGCCUUGGGUCAACGGAAGCCAGGGAGCUGCGCAACUAUAUUGUCAUGAAUACUGAGGAGGACCUACAUUUCCCAACGUUGACAGUCGAGCAAACGACCAACUUCGCAACGAGCACAAAACGCCCGUGCAGUCGUCCAGAAGAUCUCAAUAUCUCCCAAAAGUAUACACCACACAUGACGCAUUGUAUUCUGUCGGCUCUAGGGAUAUCUCACACCAAGAAGACCAUUGUGGGAAAUGAACUGAUACGUGGAGUAUCGGGCGGAGAGCGGAAGCGUGUUUCUAUUGCUGAAGUCAUGGCUACACAGGCACCGCUACAAUGCUGGGACAAUUCGACCCGAGGGUUAGAUGCCAGGAAUGCUUUGGAAUUUUCCCAUGUCUUGCGAAGAUCCGCCGACGAAGAAGGCAAAACGAUUAUCGCAACCCUGUACCAAGCAGGCAAUGCCAUCUAUAAUCUUUUCGACAAAAUACUCGUGUUAGCCGAGGGCAAACAAAUAUACUACGGUCCUGCAUCAGAGGCAAAACAGUACUUCGAGAAAAUGGGGUUCAAAUGUCCAUCUGGGGCUAAUAUAUCGGAUUUCCUCACCUCUGUGGCCGUUCACACUGAGCGAAAUGUCCGCCCUGGCUUCGAGGGCCAUGUGCCCAACACCACGGAUGAGUUGCGACAGAGCUAUGUCAAAAGUGACCUAUACAAACGAAUGAUCGAGGACAUGAAUUCCACGAUGAACAAAUCUUUACGGCAAGAAAUUGCAGACUUGUCAGAGGUGCGAAACCUCCAAAAGAACCGGUCAAGAUACCUUCUAUCCCGGGAGAACAGCCCAUACACCAUGUCCUUUGCCCAUCAGGUCUGGACAUGCAGCAAGAGGCAAAUUCAAAUCAUUUGGGGCGGCUGGCAAUCCAACUUACUGCAGAUUUGUUCAUCUCUCGUCAUCGCCCUUAUAACUGGAAGCCUCUACUUCAAUUUGCCCACCAACAGCAGCUCUCUCUUUGCAAAAACAGGUGCCCUUUGCUUUCCUGUUCUCUACUUUGCCAUGACCCGGAUGUCUGAGACCACAGCUUCUUUCUCGGGAAGACAAAUCAUCUCGCGUCAGAAACGUCUGGCCUUCUGCCGGCCUAGCGCAUAUGCCCUGGCCUGGGCCGUCACUGAUAUACCCAUAAUUAUGGUAGUAUUUACCAUUUUUCAAGUCAUCUAUUAUUUCAUGGUUGGGUUUCAAAGAAAAGCGGACAAUUUUUUUAUUUGCUAUCUCUUUCUACUGGUCCUCACUCUUUCAUACGCAUCGAUGUAUCGCAUGAUUGGGGCGUGGUGUCGGCAUGCAGGCUUGGCGUUCCAAAUCAACGGCCUUAUCACUACAGUGUUUUUGGUUUAUAUCGGCUACAUGAUUCCGUUGAGGAAUAUUCCUGUGUGGUUUCGCUGGAUCGCGUGGAUGAACCCUGCCGUAUAUGCUUACAACGCCAUUAUGGCCAACGAGCUAGCGGACCAACAGCUCAAAUGUAUCGAACCGCAGCUCAUACCCUUCGGGCCCAGUUACACCGACAAUCAUUACCGGGGUUGUUCAGUGAUUGGGUCGGGCAAUGAUGCAUACAUUGACGGAGAAACCUUCAUCAGCGUUACAUAUUGGGCAUCCAAGAAAUGGGUGUGGAUCAACUUAGCCAUUCUGAUAGCCUUUUGGGUCUUCUUCGCAUUUAUGACCGCCGUCGGCUUUGAGGUUAAGCUCCACCGUGGCUCCGGUCAAAAGAUAAUUUUUGAACGAAAGACUCUGGCAAAGGAAGCGGCGAAGCUUAACGACAUUGAGCGAGCAGAGGCUAGCUGUGAGCCCUGGGAUGUUACAACGAGAUCUACUGAAAAUGUCACAUUUACGUUUAAGGACAUCAAUUACUUUGUUCACCACGAAGGAAAGGAAACGCAGCUCCUUCAAGGCGUUUCUGGUUUCAUCAAGCAGGGCCAACUCACUGCCAUCAUGGGCACCUCUGGGGCUGGGAAAACGACACUAAUGGAUGUCCUCGCUCAGAGAAAGGACAGCGGGAGGAUUGGGGGUAGUAUUAUGAUAAAUGGAAAGCCUCAGGGGAUCAGCUUCCAACGGACAACGGGCUACUGUGAGCAAAAUGACAUCCACGAGCCAACCGCAACUGUCUGGGAAAGCCUAUUAUUUUCUGCGAGACUACGUCAGGAUUAUAAAGUACCCGACGAGGCAAAGCAGGACUAUGUUCGCAGGGUUAUGAAUCUGCUCGAGCUAACCCCACUUCAACACGCUAUCGUCGGAAAUCCGGAUUCUGGGUUGUCUAUUGAACAGAGAAAACGUCUCACUCUCGCCACUGAGCUCGUGGCGAAGCCCUCCUUGCUGUUUCUCGAUGAGCCAACCUCUGGUCUCGAUGGCCAAUCUGCAUUUGAGAUAUGUCGGUUUCUGCGCAAGCUAGCCGCAGCAGGCCAGACCAUCAUAUGUACCAUCCACCAACCAUCGGCAUCCCUGUUUGACACCUUCGAUGUCCUGCUACUGCUAUCAAGGGGCGGUAGGACUGCUUACUUCGGCCCGACGGGGCGAGGCUCUGCGCAAGUGAUUGAAUACUUUACGCAGCGGGGCGCACCAUGCCCGCCCGACACGAACCCCGCCGAACAUAUCGUGGAUGUUGUUCAGUCACACUUGGAUGUUGAUUGGCAUCAACAGUGGCUUGAAUCGGGUGAGAUUGUCCAAUUAAUGCAAGAAUUGGACGAGUUGAACGCCACGGCACGACAGAAUCAGCCAAGCAUACAACCAUCAGCCAGGGAAGGGAAAAAGGAAGUUGGUUUUGCAACCCCGGUGCUUUAUCAAGUUUUACUUGUCACCCGGCGUCAAAUGGUCGCACUCUGGAGAAAUCCUGAUUAUGUCUGGAAUAAGAUAUUCUUACAUAUCACUAAUGGAUUGUUUGGCGGCUUUACGUUCUGGAUGCUUGGAAGUGACAAGUUCGACAUGCAGCUGCACAUGAUGGCAAUUUUCAAUUUUGUCACCGUCGCGCCAGGAUGCAUAAACCAGCUCCAGCCAUUAUUCAUCCGGAAUCGCCAUAUCUUCGAGACGAGAGAAAAGAACUCGAAGACGUAUCAUUGGUCUGCCUUUGUUGCCGCCCAGAUCCUAUCGGAAAUCCCCCUUCUCAUUCUCUGUGGCACUUUCGUAUUUGUCACAUGGUAUUUUUCCGUUGGAUUCCCAGUCAAUGCUAGCAUUUCCGGUCAAGUCUAUCUGCAAAUGUUGCUUUACGAGGGUCUUUAUACAUCAAUUGGACAGGCAAUCGCGGCAUGUAGCCCUAAUGAAUAUUUUGCUGCACUCGCCAAUCCAAUAAUCAUUGGAGCAGUCCUGAUCAAUUUUUCGGGUGUUGUUGUCCCAUACUCCCAGAUUCCGCCUUUCUGGAGGUACUGGCUGUACUAUCUGAAUCCGUUCACAUACCUCACGCAGGGUCUACUCCAGCCGGUUGCCUGGGGCCUCCAUAUCCAAUGCAGCCAAGAUGAGUUGACCCAUUUUGAGAUUCCGACUUCGCUCACGUGUGGUGAAUACAUGGCCGACUUUCUAGAAGCCAACAGCGGCUAUUUGGUAAACCCGAACGACACUGCCGCUUGUUCUUAUUGUCCCUACACAACUGGCGCGGACUAUUUGAAGACUAUCAAUAUCAGCGGAGAUUACUAUGGAUGGAGAGGGAUUGGCAUUACUGCACUUUUUUGCAUCAGUUCCCAUGCUCUCGUUUUCCUCAUGAUGAAAAUCAGGACUAAGGCAACAAAGAAAGCAAGAUAG